AUGAGGCGAGCCUCGUACACGCCGCUGCCGCAGCAGUCGGAGCCGCUGAUCGUGGUGGAGGAGUCGGGCGCCACGGACGACGAGGACUCCGGCUCGGGCCCGUCUCCCGGGAACCCGCCCUCCGGCCUGGAGGUGGAGGGCUCUCCCCUGCUCAACCCGGAGCUGCUGUCGCCGUACCGCGACAUGCGCAAGAGGUCGCUGCCCACGCCGCAGUGCACUUCGGGGAUCACGGCCAGCCAGGUGCGGCGGCUGUCGGAACACGGCGCCGACCCGGGGGCGGCGGGCGGGCGGGAGGCGGCGUUCCUCGCCACCUUGUCGUCGACGCCCGCCCCCGAGUCCGGCGGCCGCCGCCGCCACUCGGUGGUGACCAUAUCGCGCGCGCCGCCCACCUCCAUCAUGUUCGGCCGGGGGCGGCGCGAGUCCAUCGCCGUCUUCCCGUCGGCGGCGGCCGGGGCCGGGGGCGGCUGCUGCCGCGUGCUGCCGCCGCGCCGGGACUCGUGCUCGGCCGUGCCGCCGCCGCCGCCGUCCACCGCCUCCACCGCGGCGGGCGGCGGCAGCACCUUCAACCUGCAGCUCGACAUCAUGGACGACAUCGCGGAGAUCAAAGCCGCGCGCAAGGUGCGCCUGAAGAUGUGGCAGGCGCCCGGCGGCCAGGAGAAGAUGUGCGAGGUGCAGCCCCUGGACGCGGGGGCGGCGUCCACGCGCUACCACCAGCAGCCGCCCCCGCAGGCCGGGCCGUCGUGCGACGCCGCGCGCCGCUACUCGGACUUCGCGGCGACCCUGGCCGCCCCCGCCGUGCCGCCGCGCCGCCGCGCCUCCGAGCUGGCGCCCGCCUCCGGCGCCGCCUCCCCAGCCGCCCCCGGCGGCGCCGCGGGCAUCGUGUGCUCCAACACCGACCUCAUCUCCAUCCUGUCGUCGCUGGCGACGUCCGCGCAGGAGAUCAGCCGCGAGCCCGAGCCCGCCGCGGCGCCGCCCCCGCCGCCCCCGGCCAGGAGGCCGUCCGCCGCCCCCGGCGACCAGAAGCACAAGCAGCUCAAGGACCUGCGCUCCAACAGCUUUGACGUGUCCAUGCUGCUCGCCGGGGGCGGCAAGGCGGCGGCGGCGGCCGCGGCCAAGGCGGGGGCGGCCGCCCCCUCCCCCGCCCCCGCCAACUGGUUCGCCAAGCGCCACCAGCCGCGCAAGGCGUCCGCCGACGCCGCGCUGCUCCAGAGGCCGGCCAAGUCGCCCGUGCUGGUCACCUUCAAGGACGACCCCGCCGCCGAGCCGGCGGAGCCGCCCCCGGAGGCGGAGCCGCCCCCCGUCGACCGCAGGGUCGUGUGGGACGGCAAGAGCGGCUCCGUGGUUGACGCGCAGGUGCUGGGCAGCGCCAUCGAGGUGUUCCUGGCGCGGCGGGGCAGCGGGGGCGGGGGCGAGUCCCCGCCGCCCCCGGGGUCGUCCCCGGGUGAAUGGUCGGGCAAACCUGUCAGAGAAGAAUUGGGGUAG